AUGGUCCGCAUCAACUCUGCAGCCAUUCUGGGCUCUGCUGUUGUUGGCUUGACCAGCGCAGCCGGCGCCGGCACCAAAGCUGAGUACGCGUCCGGUGCGGCCCAAUGGGAAGAGGAAGCAGCUGCCGGUCUCAUGGAUAGUGCCAAGUACCCAGAGCUCGGCUACACCCCCUGCGUUGAUGGCUUCGCUGCGGCAGUUCCCGGAGACUUUAACAACACCUUCCGGUGCAGAAACAUCGAUCUGUACCACUUCUUGUCCCACGAACAGCUUGGCAGCUGGGGCGGAAGAGGUUCUUCUUCCUGGGGUUGGACUUCGGCCGACGGAAGAGAAUUUGUAGCUAUUGGCCAAUACGACGGUACCGCCUUUGCCGAAAUCAGCAAAGAGGGCAAGCUGGUAUACUUGGGUCGUCUCCCCCAAUACGACUCCAUCGGGUCAAACUGGAGAGAAAUCCGGAUUGUCGGCGACAUUGCAGUUAUUGGCUCCGAGGCUAUCAAGCACGGUGUUCAGUUCUUCGACAUGAAGAAGAUUUUGGAUCUCGACCCAGCCAACCCAAAGAACUUCACCCAGGCUGAGCUCACCGGCCAUUGGGAUGAGCUUCCCGUCGGCCGCACCCACAACAUCGUCGUCAACCACGAGCUCAACUACGCCAUUGCCAGCGGCUCUGUCGGCGGGAACGCGACGAUUCGCGUCAGAGACAACCUGCCCUGCCGCGGCGGGUUGAUCUUCCUCGACAUCAGCGAUCCCACCAACGUCACCAGCCCCGGCUGCGCCGCCGGCGACGGCUACGUUCACGACGCCGAGUGCCUCGUCUACCGCGGUCCCGAUACCCGCUACUACGGUAGAGACAUCUGCUAUGGGUACAACGAGGACACUCUGACCAUUUACGACGUCACGGACAAGACCGGCAACGUCACAAACAUCAUCUCCAUCAGCGACUACCCCGGCGCCGAGUACGUCCACCAGGGUGUCGUCAACAACGAGACGUGGCAAGAGUACCUCUUCCUCGACGACGAAUUCGACGAGCGCGACGCCAAGGUCGGCCCAAUGACCCAGGGCCUCCCCACCACCCACAUCAUUGACAUCCGCGACCUCGAAAAGCCCGUAUACACCGGCCACUACGCCGGCAAGACUCGUUCCAUCGACCACAACCAGUACAUUGUCGGCGGCUACCUCUACCAGUCCAACUACGGCAACGGCCUCAACGUCAUCGACGUCAGCAGCGUCACCAAAGACCCCACGGGCGCCAGCGUCUGCGAAGCCGGCUUCUUCGACAUCUACCCCGAAGACGACGAGGAGGUCGGGGGUGGCAAGGUCCAGUUUGCCGGUUCCUGGUCAUCCUACGCCAACUUCAAGUCCGGCUUCAUCCUUGUCCACACGAUUGAGCGCGGCAGCUUCGUCGUCAAGAUGACCUCCAAGGCGUGCCCCCAGGCGCCCGUCUGCCACGCCGAUAACUGCCUCCGCGCGCUGCGGGCCUCGUCCAUUCCGGAUCGCUUGGAGGAGUCCGUCGCGUUCUGCGGCAACUUCACCCAGCGACGGAACACGGACGAGGCGCGUUUGCCAGAGUAUGCCACGAGCGCUUGUGUCGAGAACAAGGACAGCGGCCCCGUCGAAAGGGUCAGCAGCGCGUGCGCUUGCAUUCCUACCCCUGUCGUGCCUGAGCUGCCCAGAACAACGACCCGGCCUCCUGUACCGACGGUGCUGCCUCCCAAAGCGUGA